UCUACACACGCCCAGUGCGAGCGGCCGCCCGGCACCAGCAAAGCAAAGCGGCACCGGCCGGCCUCUUAUUAUUAGAGUUCGCUCAGGUCUGCGCUGCACGAACGGUGAAGCGCUGCUCCCCGCCGCAAGGCAAAGCGAGCUCCUGACAGUGUGGCAUCUGAAUGAGGUUGUUUACCCUUGCCACAGCAAGCUGAAAGUCACUUUGCUCUGACGUGACCUCCCUAGAAGGACCAAAGUGAAAACCGCAACCUGCCAAGCCAUUCAGACACAUACCACCCGCCUGGAGCCUGUGAAUGUGAAGAUGGAUGACGGUGGAAGAGCUGCUAGCGGAGCCUCAGUUUCGCAGACCAGUGGGGUGGCAACCGCUAGGAAGGGCGUGCCAACUGCUUGUCCCCCUGCUACCAAGCAAAAGGCCAGCAAGUCAUCCCAUCCACCAAACAAGGUUCCCAACAAGAAGCAGCCAACGGCCCCUGUAGCUGGUUCUUCAAUUCCUAGUGGAGCUUCCAGAACACUUGGAAAUGGACCUGCUCGGAAGGCCAACAUGCAGCAGCCCAAGCAGCCGGCAUCCAAGACUAGUAACGUUGACAACUUGUCUGCUAGAGCGACAAUGAAAAAGGCAACAGGGGACAAGGCAGGUGGACCGAAGACUUCAGAAAAGACGGCUACAGAGAAGGAAGUGCAGCAGAAACCCCCAAAAGUGACCACACAGCCCAUAGCAUCUAAAGCACCUUCAACAAAGCCCAGCAGAACUGAACAGACUAAAACUUCCAGGACUUGGUUGCCAGGAACAAAGAAUUCAACCUCAUCCUCUUUAAACAGAACUGCCACUAAUGAUAAGAAUGUGGGCAAAUAUAAGGCAACACCACCACCUGCUGGUCAGGCCACAUCAGCACAGCAGCAGAAAAACACUCUGGCAACACAGAGAGAUGCCUCUAGAGCUGCCACAGUUCUAAAGGCCAAGGUUUCAAGCUCCAACUCCUCCGUGAAGAUGACACCUGCCUUAAAGCAUCCAAAACACUCGGCCUCCAAAUCACAAUCUGAGCAAAAUCUCGGAGAGAAGAAUGUGACUGCACCUGUGAACAGCAGGUUUGCAACGAAGAAAUUUUCAGAGCCCAGUAAGCCCCAAAUUCCAGCCAAGGCAACUGGUGGGAGUCUCCAUCCAACCACUGUUCCAAGAGCCUUUGCUGCUUCUCCCAAAUCUCUGCCGCCUCCAGGCAAGAAGCUUCUGAAGAAAGAUAGUCUUUCCAGUCGUGAGCAGGUCUCCCCGCAAAAGAAGCCUCAAGAGACAAUUGCCAAGGAAGGGAAUGGCAAGAAAACCAUCAAGGAAGCAGAAAGUGCUUCAAACCAGGAUACAAAGUUUCUAGAAAAGUUGGAAUCUACAGCAGCAGAAGAAACUGUUGACCAGCCACUCUCCCAGGAGACUGCAAACGGUUGCAUAAAAGUAGUAGGGAUGGAGCAGAUGGAACCAGGAGACUUGGAAGAAGGCAGAGCUGAACAGACAAACAUUAAUGCUUCAGAAGAGCUGCUUCCAGCAUUCCUUGAAGCACCUCUGGUCUGCCCUGGACCACAAGAUAUUGGUAUAUCCUCUGUUAGUGAGAUGCCUCACUUGACCGCUCCUGACGUCCUGGAGGUAUAUUGUGGUAGUGAUGAAACACAUAAUUUAGAGCCAGAACUCCCCUGUGAAACAUCUUCUCCCAUUCAGUUGGAACGUUCUCACCAAUCUUCUCCAACAGAAACCUUAUGGCAUGAAGAAGGAGGCAUGGACUCUGAGCAUCUCAGAAAACAAGCAUCUCAUUUUGAUGCUCCAGUGGCUAUUGAGCAGCCCCAUUUCUUGUGCAACCCUGACACAUCUUCUCUUGAUGUACAUCGUAUUUCAGCAACAUCCUUUCCAGCUGAGGAUUCCCAGAUUUUAAUAAAUGAGUCUAUUCCUAUGCUCGAGAGAUCUCCUUCUUCUGAGUCCUUGACCUUAGAGUCUGAAUUGCUUGAAGAGACUCAAACUAUAAAGCUACUAGUUCCAGCAGAGCCACAGGAGGAUCCCAGUCUUUCAGCAGAACACUCUCUUUCAGUUAGCCAGUUUGAUCCUACCUUAAAAACUGUAACGGAGUCUCUGGCAGCGAGCCACAAUGACAGCAUUGAAUUGGAAAUGGUGAACAGGGUAUUGAAUUUGUGUCAGAACUCGGAGGAAGAACUGCAGAAGGAAGUGGUAUCUCUAGAGGUAGGAAAUGAAAGCCCCCUAGAUCUUGCAACUAAAGAUAGUCAGCUUACACAGAAAGUCGUCACUUCUCAGCAGAUGGAGGAUGUGCAUUGUGUCCCUAUUCAUGCUGAAAAUGAAGAACUAAUGGAAGUUCUGCAAGUGGCAGAUCAUUUAAUAAUGGGAGCCACUACUCAGUACCAAACCCGUCUCCCUGUGUUUGUGGCAGCAACCUCAAUUCCUACACAAUUGCCUGGAGAGCCUUUUGAAGGCUAUGAUGAUCAGUCUAGCAGCUUAGAUGAAUAUCCCACCAUUGGAGAACUUGAGGAUGAUGCAGUCAUUCCAGAAGAAUGCAUGAGUAAUGUGAAGCAAGAAGAGGCCACCCAAUACGAAACUCCAGACUUCUUGUUUCAUCCUUCAGGGGAGCUCUCACCAAAUAGUGGUAUUGCUCAGCUGUCAAUGCACAAACCUCAGACCUUGCCUUUGAAGAGCUUGGAGUUGUUACAAGAAUACCCAACUGAGUUAACUGAAAUGCCAGAGUUGCUGUUAAGUAGUGCAGGGCUGAAAGCUCUCUCCCCAGAGAAGGGAGGCUCAUCUUCCAAAUCCAGCACCUUAAGUGGGCCUGAUCUAGCAGGGAAGAGCAGCAGUGAAACUAGCACACCUGAAGAGCUACGGGAGUAUGACAGUAGCUCUGGAGUUGAGUCUAAGUCAGAUGAGAAACUGGAACAAACUUGUCAUCAGCUCCUGAGUCCCUUGGAGGACCUCCCUGGUGAGCUUGAUCUGGGCAUCCACAUGGAAAAGGGAGAUGAUGAGGCAGAGACCCUGCCAGCCGAUGAAGUCCUUGGAGAUCCACCUACUGAACCCACUGUAUCCUCCGAGGAGGAAGCCGAACUGGAUGCAGAUCUUCUGAAGGAAGCAGGCUUUCCCAAAACAGUAUGCCUCUUGACAUCACCUCUCCCAACCAAGUCACAUUUGCCCCAUUCGGUAGACGAGUCUGAUGAGCCAGGUUCUGGUGAUGCUGGCACAGAAACCCCAGCCUCAACCAACUCUGCAGCUUCCUGUGAUGUUUUUGGUGCCUUCCAUCUCCAUUCAACUGACAGCUGUGGCAAAAGCCCCGGCCUCUCUUCCCUGGACAGCGAAGAACAUUCCACUGAGGGCACUAAGGAGACCUGCAGCAAGAUCCCCAUGGAUUGGGAGCAACACUUGCACCUCACCCCAACGCCCUUGAAGACUGGAGGGCAUGAAGAAGAACCGUCACAGCCUUUCCCUGCCGCUCAUAGUCUGGCUGCAGGUGACAAUGGGGCUGGCUUGCCCUUCCCCUGGGAUCCAUGUCCAUCAGAGAUCCUCUCCACUAUCUAUGAAGUAGAAAGUGGUGCUGAAACACCUGGCCCAGAUGAAGAGGAUGGGAGCCGUUGCUUGCGUGCCGCCUCCCGAGAACAGGCUCUUCAGCUAGGAAACAUCCAGGCUACAGUCGUACAGCAGCUAAUCAGCCGAGCCCUGCUCUUCCCAGCAGAAGCACCUCCUGGGGCUGUCAGUGGGAAGGGGGCCGUGAACAGCGAAGCAGAGAUUGGCAAGUGGACAGAACUGAUCUCCCCUUUGGAAGAAUCUCGAGCCAGCAUCACUUCUGUGACAAGCUUCUCCCCAGAGGACAUGUCAUCCCCCCAUGGGGAUUGGACUGUGGUAGAGGUAGAAUCCUUCCAUUGAUUACUUUCCCCCUCACAAGUUAUAUAUACAAGGCAUUUUUUUGGAGGUCAUCCAAGUGUAUCGAUUAAAUGUCCAGGAAGGGUCGAGUAUUAGCUGACUGGAGAUACUGCUCUCCCCUUAGUCUUCAGCAGCUAAUAGUAUGAAUAGUUAAGCACUUGUGAAUCAUAAUUACUUUUGCCCCAGGCAGUUUUAGGCCUUGGAUUGUUUUUGGUUCAGCAGACUGACCAACCUUUCAUGUUUGGGACUUCCAGGGAAUAUGUUUAUUUCCAGAGGGUAAGGCCCAUCUUUAUUUAGUCAUAAUGUGAUUGUGCCAAUUAUUGAUAUCACUAUCUGUCAAACAUGAUAAAAACUAAAUCUCCCCCCCCCCAUACUUUGAUAAGCACUCCAAUAUUCUUCAUUAAUGAAAGCUAUCAAUAACAGAAGAUGCUAGUGGCCCUGAUUACUGACACCUCCUCAUGGAAAGGUAUCAACAUUUGGUUGCCAGGCUUCCAAUAUUUGAUUAUUAUUUUUUUUGGGGUCAUAGUAAACUUUGACAAAGUUUACUUUGACCAAAACCGAAUUUCCUGGCAAAGGUGUUUUACCUCGAGAAGUUUUUUUAAGGAAGUAGCAUCUCAAAAUGUUCUGCCCACACAAUACACUUAGGAUGAGACCUAACAGAUGAAUUUGUAUAUUAUCAAACAGCCUCAAUUUGCACAAUAUGUUUGGUACAAGGACAUGGAUUAGUUCAAAAAGUAGCUUAAAUGGGUUGUGUGAAUGUAGUCAGCAUGGAAAUUUACAAAUGAGGACAUCAAGUGUUUUUGAAUGAUUGGUGUAUCUACUAUUUAGAAUGUGGUUACUCUAUGCCUCUUGUCUACUUCUAUGAAAUGGACAACUCAAUAACAUAUGCAACCUAUACAGUGGCCGGAAGAUACCUUGGAUUCAAAGGGAGAUGUACUUUAGCAUCCUAAACAAGACUAGGUAAGAAAAGGCUGCUAAAGAAUCGGUUUUGGAAUUUUUUUUCAAAGAUGCAAUUUUCAGACCACUUAAAUUUAUCAGAAAUGGAAAAGUUUAGAAAAUGUAGCAACCAAGUUUCAUUUUGAUGCAACAGAGUCUUAUACUUGCUGUAGCCCAAGCUCCAUGCUAAUGUAGCUGUAGGCCACUCUUUUUUUUUUUCUUUGUGCCAGGAGUUAUGCCUGGCCAAGUAGAGCUGUAUGUGUGUCAUUUUGAGGGGUUUCCUGACUUGAUUGGGGCCAAUGCAGUAGUGGGAUGAGGAACGUCUGACACAACUCUUAAGUUGUGAAUUUCAAUUCCAAGCAGCCUCUGUCAAUUUGUGUAACUGUUCAACGUUAAGACAUUUUUCAAUAGCAUCUAGUCAUAGAUUGGCAGUGAAACCAUGCUAGUUUUGCUCUGGCAUUUGUUAGUAAGAGUAGUAUGAAACUGCAGCAGCAUGAAUAGAUAAACUGAUUCCAUCACACAACAGUAAUUGUUUAACAUUCCCUUUAGCCCUGCCAUUUUUUUUUGUUACCACAUUUGAGUCUACAUUAAACUGCCUAAAUUCAGAGCAGAGUUCACUAUCUAAAAGUUAGGCUGCCCUUCUAACCUACUACCAGAUAAACAAUGUGAAAAAGCUUUUUCUAAUUGCCAUAUUUAAAAGAGGUACUGUACUCAUGAAGCUAAUCUGUUGCAAUACUGCUUCUCUCCUGAAAACUGAAUGUGAAAUGUGUUUUUAAAAAUGUUAAUCUUGGUAACUGCCAUCUUCCUAUACCUGCCUUCCCAGUAGUUCCACUAGUUAACAUUGAUAUAGAGCCUUAUUGUCUGUAACAAAGUAUUGAUGUGUGCAACUUUUUUUUGUAACGUAGCAAAGUGUGAUAAAUUAGAUUUUUUUAAAAAAUAAAAAUAAAUUUGAGGUUAUUCUGCUGGCCCUCUUUGAACAUUGUUUGUUUUUUAAUAGUCAGAAUGCAGUGCAAAUUUGGUUACACUUUUAAUGGCUCAGGGCCUCUUGAGUCUACCUAAAACGAAAUAGUUGAUUACUUGACUAAUUCUUGAGAAGCCACUCUGCAGAUUAAAAGUUCUGCUGCCGAAUCAUAGCUUUGUUAAAAGAUACAGGUCAGGUCUACUUUUGUGUAGAAAACAAAUGGCUAAACUGCAAUGGCUGUAACUGUGCUUUAAAUUCAUAAAAAUUCUAGGUAGGCUUGAAGAAGUUAACAAUCUGAAUUUCCAAUGCUAGGUACUCAUGAUUGCACAGACAUGUGGAAUUAAGUCUUCUUCCAUGGCGGAAAUCUCUCUCUAGCCCUUUUUCACUUAAGCUGCUGUACAAUCGUAACAAAUGUCACUUGCCAAACAAAAAUAGCUGAGAUAGUUCUAAUUUUUUAACUGGGAUUAGUCCAUGAAUCAGAGAGUAAGGGUGAGUUUAAAAGAUUAUACCAAACACACUAAACUUGAUACAGCAUCUCCCCCUCAGCCUGCUGAUAGUAGAUGAGUAUCUUGAACUGCAGAGGAAUGGACAGUACUGAUAGUCCUUGACUUGCGAACUUUUGACGUUACAGAGGACUCCACCCAAAGAUAAAACCCAGUUCCAAAGUUUCAAUGCCCUGCCACAUGACUGCAUUUUGGCGCUUGGCAACCGAUCCAUCUUUACAGAUGUUCACAGUGCCCCAUGGUCACUGCAGAUGGUUACAAUUUACGUUUUUUGCCAUAAAAGGGGGUUUAUUUCUGGGUUUUGGAAAAAAUGUCCUGUUAGUGAACAAGAGGUCUGCUUCACCACCACCACAAAAAAAGAUGGGGUUGAUGAUAUGGGUGUACCGCUCUACAAUCAUUACAACUUAUGACUCUUAAUGGACAGAAUCCAUUACGGUUGUUAAAUACAGUACGGAAAUAUUCCCAUCUUUCCUAUCCACUUUCCUGUACUAAACUAUAUUGUGGUAACCUUUGCCUGGGACCGAGAAGUUUUCAGCCUUCCAUAUGUAAAUCAUUCAACAGGUGAUAUUCACAUGUAGCUUGCAAAACCUAAGUAUUUUUGCAUGUUCUGCUACUAAUUUUGUGUUCUUUAAAGCAUGUAAUAUGCUAUGCAUACUUACUACAUAACCUUUUAAUCAAUUGGUAUUCUCAGUGAAAAGCUCUCCAUAAUGAAAUAGGAAGUUGUAUCAUGUUUCCCUAUUCCUUGCCUCCCCCCCCACCACAACAAGAUUGAGCACUGUUACUUCUGAGCUGAGAUACCCAGAAAGUUCGGUUCAGAAAGACUAAAUCUAUAGUCUGUGAAUUACAAGUCAGGCUCUAUUAAGGAAGAUUGUUGGUUUGUCUGGCUGCUUAAAAACUGAAUCCUGUUAUGUAAGGAACAAAGAACUGCAUAACCAAAAAGUUUAUUCUACUCCAGCAAGGGCUCAUUAUUGCCCACGGUACUGUUCAAACACUUGAAGGCAAUUUCUCAAGAUGGCUGCAAACACAACCCUACACCUGAAGCUGAUUUCCUAUGGUAGCUUAACAGGCAUAUGAGAUGAGUUGAAAGCUUGGAGGACGUUUGAGAAAUGAAUUAUAUGUUUUGAAGUGGAGUUUACCUUUAGAGGCACAGCAAAGGUAUUUAUUGGAAAUCUUUGCAAGAGAUGGCAUCAGCCCUAUUAUUGUCUGCAUUGAAAAAUAAACUCAUGAAAAGGAACAUUAAAAAAUUCUGCUGGAUUAUAUCAUAGAUAUGCCCAAAUCAGCAUCCUAUUUUUGCAGGCAAAUGCUCCAAGACAAUCUCCCACCUCGCCCCCAACAUCCAUGUUCUGCUUCCAAGUUGAAAAUUCUUUUAAAGUUAUCAUGGGGCUAACUACAAGGAAGAGUCCUAGUCUCUCUAAAGGUGGUACAUUUUAGGAAAGGAAAUUCAACCAAUUCAUUGUAGCAUAUGGUAAAGUAGUUCUGAACAGCAGAGACUGUCCAUCAUUACAAUUAGAUGCCUCUGUGUAAUUUCGGAAAGAAAUGCCCAUUUUUUUCCAUCCCACAGAAAAUUAAUAAUUUUUGUCCUUCUCUAGUUCAACAAAAAGUUGCAAUGUUUUCACCUUUCCAACAUAAAGGAUAACUCUUUGAUCAAGUUGGCUACUUAACUGUUUUUGUAAUAAGGCAUAGCAUGGUGCAGGGACAUCUCAUAGAACCCCCAAGUCAAUUACUAUAUAUCCAAAAUAUUCUUGCUGAAGUAAAUACACCAUUAUAUUAAUUGGGAUAAACUUCUGCUAGUUCUGCAUUUAUACACAAUGCGCACCAGCAACUGAAGUUCUGUAGAUACUCAUAAUUAAUAUCCAGCACACCUUUUUAAAUGUCAGAAAGUGAUUUUUUUUAAAGAUAAAAGAUAGGUUACUUAGGUGGAACCAAAGAUGGACACUUAACAGGAACACCCAGAUGAACUAGAGAUAAAACUAUUUUGAGACUAGACCCAUGUCCACUUAUAUGGGAAUAAAUUCUACUAAACCUGAGAUUAUCGGGGGCGAGGGAACAGAAUGCAACAAUAGAUGGUCCUAAGGCAAUUCCAGCCCUUGUUAUUUGCACAUGGAAUAUACCUUAUUCAGAAAUCGAGCUUAAGCACAGGUGCAGUUUGUUAGAUUCAUAUUCCUAAAGAGCCACCAUCCACUUUUAUGUAGGAAAGUGAGCUUGGAUGGUAUCGUGGCUUCACUGUGAGUAGUCACAUUCGAUCAAGGUAGCCAAGAUUCACUUAUCAAAGAUGACCACCAUCCAACCACCACUCCCCAAAUACCUCUUUCAGCAUUACCCUGAAAUGAAAAUAGUUCGGAUGCAAUUGUGCUGACCUGAGACUUAGCCAAUGCAAGGAAGAAACCUUUGUAAGAUUUUGAGCAG